CUAGCCGAGCGACGAGCCCAGCUGACGCAACUCUCGCGGACCCGCGUGACAGUUCCCGGCUGGCGGCGGCGGCGACUGAGGAGGGGGCGCGGGGGCCCGAGCUGAGCGCGAGAGACAGUGACGACGGAGCUAUGGGGGACGCCCCGAGUCCUGAGGAGAAGCUGCAUCUUAUCACGCGGAACCUACAGGAGGUUCUCGGAGAAGAGAAGCUGAAGGAGAUCCUGAAAGAGCGGGAACUAAAAAUUUACUGGGGAACAGCAACCACAGGCAAACCUCAUGUGGCUUACUUCGUGCCUAUGUCCAAGAUUGCAGACUUCCUGAAAGCAGGAUGUGAGGUAACAAUUCUGUUUGCGGACCUUCAUGCCUACCUGGAUAACAUGAAAGCCCCGUGGGAACUUCUAGAACUCCGAACCAGCUACUAUGAGAAUGUGAUCAAGGCAAUGCUGGAGAGCAUCGGUGUGCCCUUGGAGAAGCUGAAGUUUAUCAAAGGCACUGAUUACCAGCUCAGCAAAGAAUACACGCUAGAUGUGUAUAGACUCUCCUCUGUGGUCACGCAACACGAUGCCAAGAAAGCUGGAGCUGAAGUGGUGAAGCAGGUGGAGCACCCUCUGCUGAGUGGUCUGCUGUACCCCGGCCUCCAGGCCUUGGAUGAAGAGUAUUUGAAAGUUGAUGCCCAGUUUGGAGGCGUUGAUCAGAGGAAGAUUUUCACCUUUGCAGAAAAGUACCUCCCUGCACUUGGCUACUCAAAACGGGUCCAUCUAAUGAAUCCCAUGGUUCCAGGAUUAACUGGAAGCAAAAUGAGUUCUUCAGAAGAGGAGUCCAAGAUUGAUCUCCUUGAUCGGAAGGAGGAUGUGAAGAAAAAACUGAAGAAGGCCUUUUGUGAGCCAGGGAAUGUGGAGAACAAUGGGGUUCUGUCCUUCAUCAAGCACGUGCUCUUUCCCCUCAAGUCCGAGUUUGUGAUCCUUCGAGAUGAGAAAUGGGGUGGAAAUAAAACCUACACAGCUUACUUGGACCUGGAAAAGGACUUUGCUGCUGAGAUUGUCCACCCCGGGGACCUGAAGAAUUCCGUUGAAGUCGCCCUGAACAAGUUGCUGGAUCCCAUCCGAGAAAAGUUUAAUACUCCUGCCCUGAAGAAACUGUCCAGCGCCGCCUAUCCAGAACCCUCAAAGCAGAAGCCCGCUGCCAAAGGUCCUGCCAAGAAUUCAGAACCAGAGGAGGCCAUCCCGUCCCGGCUGGACAUCCGUGUGGGGAAAAUCCUGAGCGUGGAAAAGCACCCUGAUGCAGACAGCCUGUAUGUAGAGAAGAUUGAUGUGGGGGAGGCCGAGCCCCGGACGGUGGUAAGCGGCCUGGUGCAGUUUGUACCCCAGGAGCAGCUCCAGGACAGGCUGGUGGUGGUUCUCUGCAACCUGAAACCACAGAAGAUGAGAGGAGUGGAGUCCCAGGGCAUGCUUCUGUGCGCCUCUCUAGAAGGAGCGAGCCGUCUGGUUGAGCCUCUGGACCCUCCUGCAGGCUCUGCCCCCGGCGAGAGAGUGUUCGUGAAGGGCUAUGAGAAGGGCCAGCCCGACGAGGAGCUCAAGCCCAAGAAGAAAGUCUUUGAGAAGUUGCAGGCUGACUUUAAAAUUUCUGAGGAAUGCAUCGCACAGUGGAAGCAGAUCGACUUCAUGACCAAGCUGGGGUGCAUUUCCUGUAAAUCACUGAAAGGAGGGAACAUUAGCUAGCCAGCCAAGCACCACCUCCUCCCGGCAUCCCGAUCAUCUGUCAGCCGUCUCUUCCCCUCCCAGGACACUGAAGCAGGAACUUGGGGACUUUGUUGGGUGCAGAAUUUGGUGAGGGGCAGCUCACCUUCCCCAGAGCCAGGGCCAUGUGGUGUCCUGGGGGGCCGGGCAGGCCCCAGAAUCAGUUCUCUGUCUUCCUUUGGCAGGGGACUUGAAAAUCUGGUCUCAAUAGAACUCUUAGGAAAAAAGUUUGCCACAAGCCUCCUAAUGGGAAAAAUCUUGGUUUCCAGGUUUUUCCUAGAGUUGUUCCAGCAGCUGUGCCUCUGGCUGGGAUCUGGUGCCUGAGUUGGACUAAUUACAGCUUCUCCCCGACAGGAAAUUGUGGGAUUUGGAAAGGGAAGGGAAAACAGAAAAUCUAUGGUUUACCAAGUGGUUGGCAGCCUUUCCCAGGGCCUCCCAGCCCUGAGGCUUGGCACUGUGGAAAGGGCCUGCCUGAGGGGGCCUGUUACUUCCCUUGAUCCUGCUAGGCGGGGCGACUCCCGGAACCAGCUGUGCCCGGUUACCAUCGGAGGAGGGUGGGCGGCAGGACCUGGAGCUUUCCUCAGAGAGGGCGGGUACUUCUCCUAAAGGCUUCUCAGAAUCACAAACCAUUGCUCUCAUGAAUUCAAAUAAAAUGUCUGAACCAA